AUGUCUCUUUAUGUAGAUCAGGACAUUACGCCUAUCCUCCGUUCGCGGGAGGAGAACCAAGAGAGAGCUUUUAUUGCUGCUUCAAGGCGCAAGGAUCGCAGCUUGGAUGCCAGGCUAGAAUCUGCGAACCGGGCUUCUUUGCUUCAUAAAAAGCGUACAGGCAAAGACUUUCGCAUCACCAAGGAUAUUGUCGAGAAAGAAGCCAUGUACGAAGAGAUUGAUGAGAGAUAUCAAGAAAAGCGGAUCAAAAUGCUCCAAGCCCAGAACCUGCAGAUUGAGGAAGAAUUCCACCGUCAUCUUCUGAAAUCUUUCGCUAAACGAGCUAGCUAUUCCAAUGGAUCAUCAAUCGCCAGCCGGCGAGCAAGCAACAUGACCCCGCUUCACCCAGUCGGAGGCUCCCGCAAGAUGAGCCUGGAUCUAUCCAACCUCCGCUCCUCAUCCUUCUCCAAAGAACCGGGAUCAAUGGCAAGCCCAAUGUCAACAAGCGACGGCUACGUCCUCUCACCAGCAGCCUCCUACGACCCAAACAUGCAAUCCUACAUGACCUGCAUGAACGGCCCCGAAAGCCCCUACGCAAACAUGAUCCCUGCAACAGCAACUCCGCCAGCCAAACUACCCGCCUACGUCCAACCAACCUGGCAACACCCGUCUGCGACAAUGCCGCAAACCUCAACCCCAGACCAGAUCCCCACAGACACACACGUCCAAAUGUGGCAGCAGCAAAUAACGCAGCAUGUCCCGAAAACCGUCCAAAUGCGUCAAUUCAGAGAGAGACUCGUCUCCGCCCCAGAAUGCCCUCUGCAAACCCCACUCUCCCCCGGUCUCACUCCCCCAUCCCACGGACACAGUCGUGGCCAGUCCCAGCCCUCAUCAUCCUUCCAGAACCUGCAACUACUCACUCAGAGCCAUCAUCUCCACGCACCCAAGGUUGGGGCCUUGUCAGCUGAAACCCAUUCCACGCCUGGCCUCUGUUUCACGUCUCAUACAUCUGUGUCCCCCAUCACUGCAUCUGUCCAGAUGAAGACCGAGGCCGAUGCUAUGCUUUCUGGACAGAUGGAUUCCAUUGCGGACUCCAGUCAGUUUGCGCUGAAUUUGAAUUCGGAUGUGCCGUUUGAUCGUGACCAGGAGUUUGGCUUUGACGACUUUGUUGCGGUUGAUGAGUUCACUAAUGUUUCUACAUGA